GCUGCGGUCUUUCGAGGCAAGGCUCCACGGGCGACGGCUGCUCAGUCAGGGAUCUCGUUUGCAUCGUGUCGGUUCGCGAGGACUUGGGUGCCAUCGCGAGCGGUACGAAAGAGAGAGAGAGAGAGAGAGGAUCAACGCGCACCCGUCGCUCCGUCUAUCCUCCUCCCACCCCCUCUCUCUCUCUUCCAUUCCCAUUCUCCGCCGCCCAUCGGCUCGGAGUGUGUCGUGUCCGCUACCGUGCGCGCGAGUGUCGUGAUUUUCGCGAGCGAGCGAUUCCGGGACGAAAAGGGACGUCCACCUCGCCUCGACCACGCAUGUGUACGUGCGCCCGCGUACAUGUGUACAUACGCGUAACGGCGCGUCGUCGCGCGAAAAGAAGAGAGAAGGAACGGCCGGAAGUAGGAAACCCGUCGACGGCGGACGUGCGCUUUUAUUCCCUCCUCCUACUCCUAUCGUCGCUCUCUCUCCCCGUCUCGCUCUCCCCCGCGCUCCGCCCGCUCGCGCUCUCCUUCUCCCAGCUCCUCGCGCGCGCGUUCUCUCCUCGGUCUCUCGCGUCGGUUCCCUCGUCUCGUCGACGGCCGUCGGGCCGCGCCGAGAGCCGCGCCUCCUGGACUCGCGCGCCGCCGCCGAAAACGGCCAUCCUCGCCAACGCCGGUGACAGUGUGUCAUGUUGUGCCGCUGCUCGAGUGCUGUGCCCGUCGAUCGCCAUCCUCGUCGCGAGUCCCCGUCGUGCCGUCGGCAACGCCUGUGACUGUGACCGUGACUGUCGUGCCGUUACCUCUGCCUCUGCCUCUGCCUCUGCCUCUGCCUCUGCCUCUGCCUCUGCCGUUGCCGUCGUCGCUGCCUCCUUGAGAUGUGUGCCUCGUCGAUGCGCUCGCCUCCGCCCGCGAGAUGCUGAAUUAAAUGAUGGUGCUAAGGGAUCCCACGGAUAAGGAUGAGGGAAAGGACACCCUCUGCCGACGAUACCCCGAAAAGGGCUCCACCGGCACCAAGCAGAGAGGCGGUCGUAGCUGGUAGCGAGACAUCGAGCGACGACACAAUCGAGGCUUAUCAUACGGCCAAAUUACACGGCAUCUCUUCGGUAUCCGGCGCGACAUCGUCCGCUGACAGAAUGGUAGCGUCGAUGCAGAGCUUGGAGGAUCUGGCCGUCAACCACCCUGCCAAUGCGACAGGUAGCAACGGCGAUCGUCAGCAACAACAGCAGGAACGAUACGGUUACAGAUCGUCGGCGCAGACCGCCCAGGACAAGCGAUCACGACUGAGUAAUGUCAUCAAUAACCUGCGUAAGAAGGUGCCCGAUGGAACUGCUAAAGGAAACGCGGAAUCGCCUAGAAAAGAGGAGGACGACCGCAAUAGCGUCGAAAGAAAUCUAGAGACGCUUGAGAAAUAUGUAAUGACAGUGCUGAAUGGUGUGAUCAAGGAUGAUGAGGAAGAGGACAAAGGAAAGAGCGCGGAAAAGAUGAAAGAGACGGAAAGGCGAAGAAAAGACGCUGAAGAGGAAGAAAAUCCGACUGGUACGACGGUUAAACCCGAGCCUUCGAACGAAAGUGAUAUCGAAGCUGCCGUGGUACCAUGUUUGGAGGAUUCCUCCAUGGUCGAAAAUGCCGAAUCUUCUAAGAUUAUAAGCUGUUUGACAAAAGGAGUAAUAGAAGAGAGUGUAGAAGUUUCGGAGAUCAAAAUUAGUCAGGAUUCAAAGGAACUGUUAACGAGGACGGAGGAACAUGUAAACGUUGAAAAAGAAAAGUCAUUUGAAAGUGAUCGAGAUAUUUCAAGAGAGAAGAAGGAAAAUCAAACUCUGGGCACAAUCAUAAUGGACAGGUUAAGCGAACAUCAAGUUGAAGAGAGGGCGAAUGUCGACGAUGGCAGAGGGAGAGACCGACGCGAUGAAUGCGUGGUUUCAGAAAACGUAGAAGUGCAAGCGAUCUGCAUAGAAUUAUUGGACGAGGUGUUAAAUGAUGUCUAUCUAACGAUCGACAAUCAAAAGAGCCAGAGAGAAGAAUGUGAGAAAAUGAAGGAACUUAUCGACACGAUUGAGUCUAAGGUAGAGGAAAUCAAGGAUUCGAACGUCAGCUCAGCUCAGGAAUUGAAGAGCUUGCAUUGCAGUCUACCUUUAGAUAAGGUCGCGUUUGUGCUUCAAAAUUGUCAAACCAGCGAAUCUACGACCUCGGUGACCUCGCGGCUCUCUUCAGGAUCGUCUUCUAAUUCUUCAUCGGCGCAAAAAUCAAAGUCAUCCUCUUGCACUCCACCUGUUAGACUCCUUUGUCUCUACUGCGAUAGGAAAUUCUUAUCUAUAUCUCUGCGACAGCGACAUACGGAAAGAGUGCACCAAUUUGGUGGCAGGAGAUCGGAAAGAAACAUCCGGAAAUCUUCUCAAAAUUGUCAGUAUUGUUCGGAAAAGUGUGCCGAUACUCUGGAGACGCUAUUUCAGCAUAUGAUCAGCAACCAUGGAGAUAAAUAUCACGCGUGUGUUCAAUGUUUGACAAGGUAUCCCACUCGGGAAGCUCUAAUGGGACACAUGAACGAGAUGCAUGGCGGAAAUACGGAGAGGACCACCGGUCAAACUCAGCCGGAGAAAAUCAAAGAAGGCUCGUCCUGUAAGGAAUUCUGCAACCGUGAUAUGAUAAAAGUAUCAUCAGUUAAAGAAAGAAGAUCCGAGGAAAAGGAAUUGGAGACAAGUCAAGGUGACAGUCGACAGUCAGACAGCAGCCGAUCAAAACUCAUCGUGACACGGGAUUCCAUCGAUAAUCCGGUCAGCCCUGAGUUUGAUAGUUCUUUUUAUAGCAAUGUGAGCUGCAAUAUCCGCGAGAACCUGUUACAUCAUUUAGAUGGCAAGUUGCAGACAAUUGGUGGCGGCUCACCAUCGUGCGCACCUUCGGUCACUGUCUCUGGUACAACGACCACGUCGACAGAAUCAAAAUCUCAGCAGCAGCAACAAUCGCCGCAACAAUCGUAUUAUGAACAUAACGUCAAUCAGAUUCAGUUUCCUAUCGAUAUCUCGCUAACUGCGGCGACGCCGGUUUAUAGCAAGGACUACUCGGCCGGCGAAGAAUACGAAAACUCGAGUGAAUAUGCGCGUAAGGCAGGUAAAACUAGUAGCAGUUCGCGGCCGCGCCGAGUCUCCUUCGAGAAGUACAACUUUCCGCGCAAGUACGACGGUAAAGAACAAUGGACGUGCUCGAUCGAGGACCUCAGCAAGUUUGACAUUUCUACGCAGCUAUCACUUCGGAAAAAGCAGCAGCUGAUCAAGGAACGUCUCACUAUUAACAGGUUACAUCAAACUUUGUUAUCCUGCGAGACUACUGAAGUAUCUCUUCGCGAUCAAGAACAAGUUGAAUCUAUUGUUGAAACAACAGCGAGUAGUCAAAAUAAUGUCGAUGAAAGUUACAAUGUCGACGCGGCUUCCGCGACUCUUGACGUUGUUCGCUGCAACCCUGGGGAACCGCCUCCAAGUGAGAAGGAGAUGACGACGGAAGAAUUGUCUUCGACUUCGUCACCGUGUCUAACAAAAUCGUUUAGUACUACGGAAUUCACCAUUGAAUUUAUAGAUUUUAUGAGACUGAAGAGGCGAGAACCAAGUAGUAAUGAAACUGCCAAUAUCGAGAAGAUUAGCUAUGCGGAAUUAAGUGGCGAGUGGUCGCGAACACGAAUCUAUAUAUGCGGGGCUUGUGGUUCCAAACACAUGACGCUAAAAGAGAUGGAGGAUCACAAGGCUUCCACGCACCCGCGCGUCCUAUGCUCGCACUUCGAGCUGACCGGCGAUCAACGCGAGCACUACAAGCAUCUGUAUCUACCUGGACGAAGCGCGCCCACCGAUGAAGCGCGCGAUGCCAUGCUCGCGGAAACGAUGUGCACCAAGUGCACCAAGACCUGCCUGAACGUGGCUGAGCUGCAUCGUCAUAUGUUGGAAUGCGGCGGCGAUCACGCCUGGUUGCUCGGCCUCACCGGCAGCGGCAAGAGGAAGUGCAAGUGGCGGCCGUUCGGCAGCCGCAGCCGUCGACGACGUCAGCGCGGCAUGAAGAGGAACAUACAGAACUCGCAAACACAGCCGCGGAUCGUCAACACGGAACGGCCCAAAGAAAAGCAAGCACCGGCCGGACCCAGAGUCCGACCGAGCGACCGCGAGAGUAUUCAGAAAAUGCUAGCUAAUCUCCCGGCUAAGAGGGCCACGAGGAAAGUUUUACAGGACAAUGUGAUGCGAUCGCAAAGCAAGCUACGUAACGUGCAGACCAGAACACGGCCACGCAUAAUCGGCGACAAUUCGUCCGUGUCACGAAUCUCGCGUAACAAAGCCGCUCUGAGGAACAAAUUGCUGAAGAACGCCAAAUCAAUUCAGCGGAAACGCUGUCGAAGCGACAACAUAACCGCAGUGAUCGAAAGCGUCGUGAAGAACUAUCAUGAGACCGAAAAGAAACUGGAUGAUGAUGACAGCAAAAAUGCUGGAGCCGAAAACGAGAGUAAGAAAGAUGCCAAAGAGAUCAACGAGGUUUUCUUGGCCAGUAAGGUUUCAGAUUCGGAAAAUAAACCCGUUCGUUCAAAAGUAGGACGACCUAAAAUUUUUGGCAGAAAAGGAAAUAUAAAGACGAAAACGGGUAACAAUUCUCAAUUUCAAUGUAAAGCUGGCGAUAAGCUAGUGAAUUUAAAAGCAAGACGUAAAUCUGUAAAGUUUAAGAGCAAUGCUAUUUCGAAGGGUGAUGCGAAAGGUGAGGAAACGUCCUCUCCAAAGAAUAUACCAAAGAACUCGAAGAUGAUGUCGGUCGAUAAAAACAACACCAGUCCUGAUAGCAAAAGAAUAUCAACAGCUCCUGGAAUAAGGGGUAAGAGUAAAUUGACUCAAAGUACACUGAAAAGGAAACGUCCUGUGGAUCCGGUGGCGUCUUUGAAUGCCUCCCUUAAAGCGAAGUCGCAGUUACGAACGCAAGACGGCAAAUUCGCUCGAAAUCCAAAUAAGAAUUCAUCAACGAAAUCGGAAAUGAAAAUGAGCGAUGGAAAACAUAAGGCUGCCAAUUCAGUCGAAAUUAAAUCGCUGAAGUCUAAAACGAUUCAAAAGUUAAAGAAAGACGAAGUACUACCACGAAGAACCACCCGGCUAUCGUCAGACAGCGACAAGAUGCCGACUUUAGAACCAGUGAUGCAAAUUGUGUCCUCUAACGAGGAAUAUACCGAUAAAUCGACGAACGAUCUGCCCAUCUUGUCACCGGUGACAUCAUCAGGAUCUCUUCAGGAUCAGAAAACACCCCGAACUUUCGCAAAAUAUGUUUUAAAAGAGAAAGAGAGUAAUACCGAAAUUAAUACUGAUUGCGAGGUUAUACCGGAGAAAAGUAUGAAGGAACAAAAACCGACGCGGGGACGAAAGCCGAAACAGGAAUCGAAAGAUACGAUGAAACGGAAGGAGAUCGAGAUAGUUGAAGAAGACAAGAUUUCUAAAAACAACACAAUGAUGCUUAAAGGGAGAAAAAUAAAAAACAAGAAAAAUUUAUAUAAUAAAAUUACUAAUAAUGGUGAAAAUAAUAAAGAAGGAACAUCAAAGGGUGAGAUAAUCGCUAAAAAAGAUUUAAAAUCUAGAAAAGAAGAAACGACAAAAAAAACUCGAACCAACUGGAAAAGAUUCAGAAGAUCAUUCUCAGAAAAGGAUUCUAUGAAACUGGCAACUUUUCCAUUUGAAGUACAGAAACUUUUGAAUUCGGUUAGCAGUUUUACAGGUAUCUUGGAUACGUUAGAGCUCGAAUCUAAGGAUACUGACUCAAAACGCAAUCUGAGACAAUGGCUUGGCAGGACGCCAAGAUCGAAACUAGACUUACGAGACCACAUGAAUGACAGCUGGAAGAAAUGGAAGAGGCAAUGCAAGAGGCUGGGGAUAGAAACAAUUAGGAAAUCAUCCAGGAAAAACGUUGGGAAGAAAACCGGCAAAAUGAUGAAAACGAUUAAUUUAGAAAAGGACUCGAUUAACAACACGAUUACUAAAGACACGACUAAUAAUGUUGAAAAAAGUCAGUCAAGUAAAAAAGACAGCCACGCAAACACGAAGAUUAAGGAAAUCAAUAACCCUGAUAUUGAGGAUAAAAUUGACAGCAGACAGACGAGAAGAUCAUUGAUUGAUGCGAAGAGUGAGCCUUCAGAAAUUGCAGGAAGUAGCUCUCAAAAAGGCAGCGGUUUAUUUGGGAAACGUCGCAGUCGCAACAAAUCGAUUGAUGAUCCUGAAGAAAUUAACGUACGUGCGAUGCAAAAACAAAAUAACGAUGAAAAUGUUAUGCUGAAAGAAGUCCAGAAGGAAGAAGAAGAACUCGAAGAAGCCAUUGAUAAAAACGAAAUCGAAGGCGAUGAUAACAGCAAUUCUGAUCGUGACUCGGCGAUGGUGAAUCUUAGUCUGAAUCACUUGCAAUCUGAAACAAGCAACUUAUCUAUCGAUAGCGGUAAGGAGAAUUCUUUGGAAACUUCCGUAAACAUUCACAACAAAUUGAAAGUAACGAGACCUAAAAAAACAUGGGGCGCACGUCGAGAGAGAUCAUCGAGGAAGAGAUCUUUGAACAACGUUAUUGGCAUUCUGACGGAAGGUAUAAAUAUUCCCGUGGAACAGAGCGUGCAGGUGUUGACGGUUCAAACUAGUCUAGACAAUCCGGACAGAGUGGCGCGUAAUGGAAAUACGCAACAAUCCGUUGGUAGCGAGAAUAAUAUGAUCGCAGUGGAUUCAGCAUUCAGCGAAUUAUCAGUUCUCGCUAGGAAUGAGCAGGAAUCCGCAGAGAAUAAAGUUAUAUCGACGAAUGCAAACGAUAAUCAACAUGCAGAUAAUGAAAAAAACGCUCAUCCCUGUAUUGAUAAUGCACAGGAUGAAAAUAAUUUCACGGAUCAGAUCGACAUAUCGUCGAAAGUCUCGACCGCCAAGAUGCAUUCACCAACCAACGAUAUCAUCCUCGAUCUGUCCAGGAGAAAACCUAAGGGUAAAGGUUCUUUCUUAGAGAAGAUUGUGUCAAAGAUAGCGAAACAAAAGGACGCUUUGUUGGAGGGUGAGGUAGGUUCCCUUCUGGAUAAUGCCGCUGAUGAGUUGACUAGCAUUCUCAACGAAGUCGGUCCUGCUUUAGUCGACAACGCAGAAAGCGCGAAUUUUGGCGAGGUAAGUUAUACUACUACAAAGAACGAGAAUGAAAGUAUAACGAGUACAUCUACCGAUAAAAAACUGCCGGUAAUUGUUACUUCUGAAAUCCAAUCGUUACAAGACGAUAUAACUAAUAUCAAGAGUGCGACUUCCAACCAUUCAACGGAUUUGUUGGUAAUUCAAGAUAACCUUGAAGGAAAUUUAACGAAGAUUGAAAUGCAAGCUCAGAGCAUGAAUCAAAAUAAAAUAAAUGAUGUUUCAGAUGUUGAAAUUAAAGAUAACUACAUCAUAGAUAAACAAGCGAGUGAUACAAUGCGUUCCGUUGAAGAAUUGCAAGUUGAAUUUUGCGAGAAUAAAUCAGCAACAAAUGAAGAAGCAAUUAUUCCAAUGGAGAUUCCAGAUGAGACUCCAUCAUCAUUAACAGAUACCUUAACGGAAAUUUCCAUUUCAUCAAUUACGACACAAAAAUUAAGUGUAGAGAAACUUGAAAAGAAAACAAGUGGCAUAAAAUCCAGAAGAAAAUCUAGCAAAAGAUCGCUGGAGGAUGCAAGUUGGCCGAAGAAAAGCAAAAGAAAAUCAUUAGAAAUCGAUCAAGAGCUUGCUGAAAAAAAUAUACAGAAAGAUUGGUUUGACGAUGUUAUUGUGACCAACUCCAAGCAAAAAGAGAUGUUCAGUGUUGGACAUGAGCUUGCCGAAAAAGUGGAUGAAACUAUAAAAAUUUCAAAAAUAGAUGUUGAAGUCGAGAAGCUUCAAUGUAGUGAAAGCAAAAUUAUCAAAGACUUGGAGCUAUCUUCAAGUUUAGAAAAAAUCCUCGCAGAAGAUGAAGAAUCAAAUUUAGAGAAAUUGGCCAAUCUUCCAGAAGCGGCUUAUGAAGAAACGAAUGAAUUAACAACAAGCUUUAAAGAAACCGUUGAUAAAAUAAUUUCCGAUGGAGAAACUAACGUUCGAUCGAUAGAAUUGAUCGAGGAAGGCAUCGAAUCGUCAACAUUAUCCUUGAAGAAAACUGUUAAAAGCGGGAAAUUUACAGAUAGAACUCAGAAGAAAAACCAAAAAAUCGAUGAUGCAAGCGAAUUUUCACAUCGACGUACGUCAAAGAGAAAAUCACAAUUGCUUUCAGAUGUUCUUCAACCUUCUAUGAAGCCCGUUAAUGAGGAAAAAAAGCUGUCACCUUCAUUACCCAAAGGAGAUUCUUUGGAAUUCACUGAUGAAAAAUUAAUAAAAGUCGGGACUACUAAUGAGAAUUCAGAUGUUUCUUUAGAAGAAACCGUUUAUUCAGUGCAAAUAACAUCUGAGAAAUAUGAGGAAAUUCAAAAUGCAGAUGGUUCAAGUCUCGUUAAUUCAACAUCAUCAGAAACAACAAAGAAACAUGAUUCUAACGAGCAAUUAUCUGUUGACUUGGAUCAUUUCAAGGUACCAGAAGUGAAAGAUCUGUUGCAGAGCGGUAAGAAACGAGGCCCGAAAAAGAAGUUGCCGCCCGAGGACGAUCGCUAUAAUGGCGAAAGUGUUUCCGAAGAAUCUCGGAUAAACGAAGAACUCGCAGAAGUUAGCGAAAUGUCUAAUUUAAUCGAGAAAGUCGAAGAGCAAGUAGAAUGUAAGAAACAUAUUGUGCGAGAACAAUCAAGCAGGAAGAAGCUUGAAAGAUCAAAUUCUUCAAGUUCAAUUGGGUUUAUUCCAUCUCUAGUCAAGACAAGAUCCAUGUUCAAAAAGAAGGCGCAGCUAUCGAGCGAGGAUCUUGCCGUUUCCAACACUCGUAAUCAGGAUGCUGAAAGUACAGACGAUCUAUCCGAAAGCUCAUGCGUUAGCGAGUCCAGCUAUUUCCGGAAGAAGCGAUUUGCUAAGAGAAAGAGGAAGGAGGAAAACCUAGUUGGCGAUAAUGACGAGCAAGCAGAUUCGAUAAUUGUAAAGUGUAAUGGAAAUUCGAAGAACCCACAAAACGCUAAAUCAUUACUAGAUGAACACCUUGAUCUUUCUGAUGUGGACGACAUCGAGAUUCCGAUGGAUAUCCAAGCUUCGUUAGAAAACACAAAAGCUUUGGAGAACAUCGAGCGAGAGUUUGAACUCGCUGAGAAAUCUUUAGCUUUACAAAAUGAGGACGCAGAUGAUAAACCAAUGGCAGAUGAGUCUGCAAACAAAGAUAUCACCACAGAGCAAUCAGUAUCAAAUAACUAUGAUUCUCCGGAUGAUCCGGUUACUCCGAAGAAACGCGCGGCCGGUAAUUUCGUUGUAGUGCACACAAAAACCGGUGAAAUUCUAAUAGUAGAAAAGAGAAAAAAGCUAACAAAGGAGGCGGCUAGAUUUUUUUGCGAUGUGUGUGCCACUAGUUUUACUCGCAAGAGUUCCUUGAAGAAGCAUACAUUAUCACAAUCUCAUUUGUCGCAGAUGGCGAAAUCUACCAAAGAUAAACUCGAACUUGUUAACAACGGCACGUCCGAAAAUAAUAAAGAAAUCGACGAAGAAAAAAAUAAUCAAGUGAGCGAGUGUGAUACGAAGAAUGUUUUAGACGAUGCUCAAUCGCAUGAAGUCACUCAGAAGUCCUUGGAAUCGGAUGAGAAUUAUGUUUCUUAUAGAACUAGCACAGAAUCUUUGGUGAAUAUAGGAGUAACGAGGCAGGAAGCGCUGGAAGAUAAAUUGCUGGACGAGGAAAUCUGCAAGAUCACCGAAAACAUGAGCCACGAUGAAUAUGUUCUGACUGAUCAAGUGACGCCGGAGGAUCCAGUAUCAUCGUCUACUCCUAUCAAACAGAUUCAGAAAAAACAAGAAGAACCAGGAGGUAAAAAUGACGAUAAGAAACGCAAUAAAUCGAAGAAGAGGAAUCUAGCGGAAGAGCAUUUGAUCUUGGAAUCUCCCGAGUUAAAAGGAUCAAAAUUUGAUUCGAAUGAGCCUCUGAAUUCGGUUAAUGAUCUUGAAUGGAGCUCUUCCUCGUCAUCGUGCGAGCAUAAUUCGACAAAAGAAAUUAUACAAAUAGUAAAAGAAGCCAAAGACGUACUUGAAGAAAUUCAACAUGCAGAUUCAGCAGAAAUAAAGAAUCAGGCAGAAUCGAUUGUUAAAUCUUUAAAUGAUGAAAUAGGCUGUUCGAAAUUAUUAUGUGACACUGACGCGAAAGGUGAACAUCAUAUAGAAUCCACAAGAACUACAAGGAGCCGCACAAAUAUAGGGCGAACCCGUGAGUUGUUAGCCCUACAGUCGGCUGCCUAUUCUGUAGAUGAUUUAGAAAAUGAUAUUCGAGAUAAAAAAACAAGUACGAGGAAAUUCUACAAGAUAGAUAAUGAUAGAAAGGAAGAGAAUCAAACUUCAACUGAAAUUACUCGAUUCAGUUUGAGACCAAGAAGAAAUAAAAACAUUCAACAUUACGAGGAGUCUGACGUAGAAGCUGAUAUAUAUUUUAUGAAUGUUUGUAUGGAGUUAAACAAUGAUGAGAUAGAAAAUAGCUGCGAGCCACAGAAGAAACCGAACGAAAUGGAAAAAGAAAUAAUCGAGAACGUGUUACAGGAAAUGACAUACACUGAUAUUAAAAAUAAAGAUACGGAAGCCGCAAAAUCAAAGCCAGACUCGACUAACGACAUUAAAAAAAGAAAACGUGGUAGACCGAGACUUAAAGAUCGCACCAUUCCGAAUUCAAGUGUUACUUUAGCUCAUUCAGAAUUGGAAAUUAAUGAAAAUGAUAUCGCUACAAAUAGUUUCGAAGAAUCAAAAAGCAAAGAUCAAGAAUUAAUUUCUCAUACCAAAGAUAAUUUUGACGAAGCCAGCAAGGCGCCAUAUAUUGAUGCAAAUAUCCAGCCUUCUAAACGUAGAGGCAGACCUAGAAAAAAUCCUGUACAAGUCGAAAACAAUUUAUUAAUACAAGCAGAAGAUUCUAGUAUCGCCGAAUCGAUGAAAUCAAAAUGCAAUGAAUUAAGAGAAAAUACAGAACAGAUUGAAUCUGAAAUGCUGCUCAUCGAAAAAGCUACUUCGGUCACUUUGACAGAUUCUUUGACAUCGAAUGUUGAGUCUUUGCCUGUUGUUGAAGAUUACAUUCGAGAAUCUAAUUUAUCAGAAACGAAAAGAGAUGAAUUGAAAGUUGAAGAAAAUGAAAUUCUAUUCACCAAAAUGAAUAGUUCUGAAAACCAGUCAGUACAAGAAAUAGAAUCUACAAACAUCAAGAUAGCUGACACCGUACUCGCAAAGAAUUGCGAUAUGCUUGCUCUCAACGUUCCAUCAGAAAAGAAUAAAGCUGCCGAUACAUCAAUACUAUCGGAGAUGAAGAUAUGCGCUGAUGAUGAAAAAUAUCAAUCAGAAAAUAAAUCUGAUCACAAUGAUACAAGUGCAAAUGUUUUAAUUAAUUCAACAGUCGAAGCUUUAGCCGAAUUUUCUCCAGAAAUUAUUGAAAAUGUAUCAACUAUAAAUGAUGAUGUACAAUCGGUCAAAUCCAUUAGAGCAAUCGAACUUGAUGAAAGUUUCGAGAUUCAGAAGCCGUCGAAUAUUUCAGAAGAAAAACAAAUCGAGUCAAGAGAGGAACUUUCAGAGAUGGAAAUAUUCCAAAAAGAAACGAAGCUUGUAUCGGAAUCAGAAGGCCACGAAGAUGAAGUUAUUGAUGAUAAAUCUCUUCCCAUCACAAAUGUAGGACUAACCCGCGAGUUAUUAGCCCUACAGUCGACUGCUUACCCUAUAGAUUUAGAAAAUGAUAGUAUUCGUGAUAAAAAAACAACUCGAUUGGAAUCGUCUAGUAAGAAAUUAUCGAGAAGUUUACAGUCGGCCAACAAAGAACGAGAAACUAGUCGUAAGAAAUCAAAAGUCUCUCGAGGUAGAAGGAAAAAAGUCACCGCAGCCAAGAUCGCUGAGAUAUCGAGCGACAGUGAGAAUGAAGUUGAUGGAAUUGAAUCUGCUUCUUCGAAUAAAAGCAAAAUUGUAAAGAGCGUGUUUGGCAGAGUAUUCGGCGGCGAGAAAGCGGACAAGGUGAAGGAGGUACUGAAUGACUGGGUAUCGCGAUCGGAAGACGACUCGGACAUAUCUAGAAGCACUUCCGAAGCGAGAUCCUGCUUACGCGGUCCCAAGAUCUCCGAAAAUGGACACAAGAAGGAUAAGAAACGCCAUUCGGGAAUUCUUACGGACUCUGACACGAAAAAGGAUACCGAGCUCUCUCCUAGAAAAAAUGGAAACGACAAAGGCAUUAUCGAGGUUCACGGCAAAUUAAAGAACCGAAAGAAACGGGAGAAAGAUUUUAACUCAAUGUCUGAGGAUCGUAUCGAACCACUAUUACCCAUUAACUCAGCUAAGCGAAGACAUCGAGAGAGCAAGAUUAGAGCGGAUGAGAGAAUAUUCAGAACCUUCGACGACGAGUCGCUAAUUCUUUCGGAAAGUGAAGAAAAUGUGAACGAAAUUAAAGAAACGAGCAAUCAGUUUGACGAUGAUUAUAUGAACAAUAAAAAUGACGAGUCAAAAAGAUACUAUGAGGAAGAAUGGAAUGAGGAGCGAAUGAAAGAUAGGAAUUCAAUUUCUGUGGACUGUGAAAAUCUUCAAGUCGAUCACAACACUUAUGGAAAGUCGAAAAAUAGUUCCAGCUACCGUAAAAAACAGGAUACUAAUGCGAGAAACGAGCGUUCUUCUUCACCUUCGCAGUUCAACAUGUUCAAAUGCAGACGGAGAGAAAGUAAGAUUAAGGCCGGCGAGAAAAUCUGGUAUACUCUUGAUAAUGAGACUUCAUCGUGUCUGUCCGACGAUCAGGAUUUCAGUGAGACACAUAAGAAUUUCAAGGAACGAGAAAGUGGAUUUCAUGAAUUUGGAGAUGCGGAUCGUUCGAAUAAUUCAAAGAAUAAAGAUAAACAUAAAGAUAAUGACACUUGGAAAAAUAUCAGUUUAAUAAAUCAAGAACAAAUUGAAGCGCAAAAUGCACGCGGCAAAUCAAGAAAGGACUCGAAUAAUCAUAAAAAACAGAAUUUUAAUACAAUCGGAAUCGGCAAGACAAAAGCGGAUAAUAUGAUUUCAAAAAAUUCUGAUAAUGACUUAUUGAUUGCUUUAAAAAAUCAAAAAACAAAGAACGAAAUGCAAAACGAUCAAGCGACUCGAUCUACAAAUGAAUCGAUAAACCGGUCGAAGAAUCUAAUUGUCACCGAUAAUAUUUGUGAAUUUUUCGCAGAUAUGAAUCAUCAGUUAACGAAUUCCAGAAAGAGCAAGAGGGGAGCCGUUAAUGAAGACUGGAAAUAUUCAAUGAAAAGUCUGGAAUUGGAGAAGGAAGAUCUCGCGAAGGAUCAACCGAUAGAGAAGGAGAUUAGACAGAAGCACGAGGUAUCUACAACGUUAUCGCGUAGCUGUAGCAAUUUGGCAGGACUAACUAUGAAAGAUCAAUUCGCCGAGCUCGAGGAAAAUUCUCAGGCAAUUCGGGAAUCCGAUAAUGACGGCAACAAUGACGAGGAGGAAGAGCAGGAAGACGACGACGAUGAUGAUAAUGAUCUCGGACGUCGAAGAAUGUCACCAUUCUACGCUUGCGAGACUCCCGACAGCUCGAUAGAAAGUAGCUCUAACAAUGAGGACGAUGAGGAGGAAGAAGGCGAAGAGGAUGAAGAAGAAAGAAUGACGCACGAAGAUACUUCCAGAAAGACGAAUCCUAGCGAGUUUUCCGGGGAAAAAAUUGUUAUCAGGUCGCCGUCAUCGGGUCACAGGUCAGAUGUGGUAACGAUCGCGCCCACGGACGCAAUCGAGGAUAACGCUUUGGAUGUACCAAGGGAGAUUGAGUCGACGGCAGAACCGCGACAGGGCAAGAUUCUAAACUUUGACGAGGAGCUCUUCGUGGAAUGUUGUUCGAGACUGAAGGCCACCAGUGAGAACGAACUGAGAGGUGCGAAGAAGAUUAAACUGGAUCAUACAGAGUCUUAUCAUAGACGAGACGAUCAGCCGCAAGGAUUCAAAGUUAAUAAAGACCGAUGGAGAGAUGUGGAAAGUCAAAACAGCCUUGGUAGUCUUUUGGAAUCGGUAAAUCAAUUGCUUGGCGAGGAGAUGUGCAACAGUCACGACAGAAGCUAUCGAACGCGAGGAAGCGAGCAAUCGAGCAGAUCCGCCAGUCCGGACGCAUCGCGAGUUGACAACCUCGGCUACGAGGACAGUUUGGACGUAGCCUUUGAACAUAAUAACAAACUCCGAGACAAGAUUCAGCAGCGUAUGAGAGAAAGCGAGAAUCUGAUAGCUAGCACAUUCGGUCAGAAGAUCAACGAUAAUGAUCAUCCGAGCGACAAUGAUCAUAAACGAUGCAGUAUCGGGAACUCAUAUUCUUCGAGUAUACACGAACACGAACAAUCUACCUCAAUCGCAUCGAAUAGAGAGCGUAUACCGUCGCCGGGACAUAAGAAUAAGGUGAAUUCGACUUUAGGUGGUCUGCUGGACAAGGCAUUGUCUAAUUUAUUGCACAGCAACAGCAAACAUGACCACAACGGAUCCGCUCCAAUGAAGCUAUUGGCAGAACUGGCUUGUGCACGAGCUCCUACUUCCACGUCGCCGGAGGAUACCACGAACAAUGGCAAGAAUCAUCAAUCGGUGAAAAUCGCCGUGGCGGUGGCGGCGGCAGCUGCAGCAGCAGCGACAGCGACAGCGACUAAAGAUACCUCGGAUUUGUCGAAGAAACCGACGAAGGGAUCGGCGAUAACGUCAAAAACAUCCUUAACAAAGAAAACAAGAAACCCUAUCAAAGAGCUAUUUGAACGCAAAAAAGAAAUAAACGAUAGAAAGGAACAGGAACGCUCAAAAACUACGCUCGUGGAGUUAAGCAUGCAGAAACCACGCAAACCGAAGAGGAGUAAGAAGCAACAACAACAGGAGUUUCCGCUGAUUCGUAGAAACGAGUUAUACGGUGGUAUGAUGGAGAAGAAGAAGCGUCGCAAUUCCUUCGAUCGAAAAGGGGAAUCGGAAAGGAUAAAGGACGUGUACGAAUUUGACGAAGAGGAAAGCCAAACAGCACCCACUUUGGGUAGCGUGUUGUCUUAUAGGAGCCAAGUUGACAAGAGUUAUGAGACCAACUGGCCGAAGAAAGAUCUCGAUGGAAAGCUUAGCACCGCGUCAGAGAACGGCAAGACCAAUUGUAUCGCGGACACAAAGUUAGGCGUUAUAAUCGAUCAUAAGUUUCAAGAAUUGGAGAAGUUUGCGCCCAAGACAAAAGGCGCUUUGAAAUCGUUCCAGAGCGAAGAACAACAGCAGCAGCGAGUUACCGAUUCAAUCACCGGACCGAUGGACGAUUUUGUAGAAAGAAAACAGCAACGCUUGAAACGUCUUGAGCAGAGCGUCAAACAAUCCAACAAACUCAAAAAGCGAGGUAAAAGUUCAAAAAAACGGGCGAGAAAUGCGUGGUAUGAGAAUGAUAGCUCGGACGAAUUUAGGACGGCUGCGAAAGCGGAAGAUGUUGGUGUCGGUAUUUCGAAAAGUCAACGCGCAUGCUCGAAGGGCAAACAGAAUCUCUUUGCGGAAUUGUCGACAUCAUCUGAGAGUGAAUACGAACGGGAGGACGACGUUGAUUAUGGAAUUGCGAAGGAACAACAAUCUCUGUCAAAGUCGAGAAAGAGUCUGAAGAAACAGCUUGACAUCGACAACAUGAAUUGUGAUCAACAAUGUGAUGUAAUCAAUGAAUCCAAAUUCGAUAACGAGAAUCUUGCGAAUUGUGAUUGGCAGAAUCAAGUGGUGCAGAAGGAUGCUACAAAGAAGGAUUACAAUGCUGCAAAAUCAGAAUCGGAAAUGUCGGAUCAUUCGUUGGUGAUAGAUGAGAGAAAGGCGAUUGAUGAAACGAGGAACAGUGAUGACGAUGCGGAUAAUCAAUACGAAAGGACGUUCGAGUUAGAAGAUCUGUACAGAGAAGAUAGUUCAGAGUUGGAGACGGAAGUUGAAGGAAAUGAAGAACUGACACCGACAACUGAGGAAGCAAAAGACAAAGUUGAAACACAAGCGUUGGAUGAUGAAAACGCAACUUUGCAAACAAAAAUUAUUCUAACAAAUGUGAAAGACGACUACGCACCGGAGAACGAAUUGAUUCCCUUGGAAGAAGCUUUGGAUCUUUUGGAUCGGCACAUUCUUGAAUCAAAAUCUGAGAAUGAUUCAAAACACUCGAAAAUCCAAACUGAGAAUGAUAGUAUUAAUGGUACUCUAGAUAUAAUGAACGAAGUUUCUAAUGAUGGAACUGUUAACAUGGAGAAGGAAAAUGAACAUUUAAAUCACAUAGAGGCACAAGAUGAGAAAGAAGAGCUAGAUGACGAUGUUCCAGCUUUACCUGAGAAACUAUCCAGCAACGAAAAACCACAGAAAGAAUCCGAUAACAAUCUUCCUCUUCAUGUAUUCCUUAGUAGAAAAGUGCAAGAAUCAAAGAAGAGAAAGCAACAGCAGUUAGAUAAAUUACGAGAAGAGCAGGAAAGGAUACUCAUGGACUUCCAGCCGACUAGAAGACAGAGAAAGUGCGCGAUAGGCAAGCAAGGAUUGUUAGCAGAAAUAAGCAGUUCAGACGAGGAAUCAUAUGCUAGAGAUAACAACAAGAAAGGAAGCGAUCACGACAAGUCGCGUAAGAAGCGGGAAUCGAAAGAGAAGAAAAAGGAGAGAUAUCUCGAGAAAAAACAUGAGCAAAUGAUCGCCAAAGAACAGAAAGCGAUCGAAGAAGAGAUUUUACGAGAAGUCGGUAAGAGAAAAGAGAUUUUCGCACAAAGCCCAGAUGUAGAUACCGCGUUAAAUAUCGAUGUAAUGGAAACCAAAAUCGUUUCCGGGCAGGCUCAUAAAAAGAAACACCAACCGAAGGAAAAGCAAAAGAAAAGCGGCGACGAGAAUAUUGAGAAGAGUAUGCAACACACCAUUAAUGAAUCUCCUCUUGACAGCUCAGAAGAUAAUGGUAACAAUUUACAUGCUUUUUGCUCUACAGAAAAUAUCAUAGACAACAAUGGUCAUUUAUCAAUUUCAUCCAAGCGAAAGAAACUCUCGAAAUCACCAACGAGACUGAAAAAAAUUCCCAAAUCCGGAGAGAACGGAAAGAUCUCGCCGAAGAAGAAUAAAGAAUCGACUGCAGAGAAAUCUAAGAAAACGUCCGCGAGCAAUAGCAAGGAUUCGAAAGAGCGCAGAUCGUCUAGUGGGAAACACGACUCUGACGAUGAAGAAUUAAAGACCACGAAGUCAUGGAACAAGGUUGAGGAGGGCGUCGGGGUGGCGAUCGGCAGACGAAAACGCACUGCCGCCCAUCAGUUAUAUUAUUGGUCCAGCUCGAGUGACGAGGAAGAGGCGCCGGAGCUAGUCCUGGUACCCGAGGAGGAAGAGGACGAUCGACAGGAGCAACAUGGCUGGAUAGUGGGCGAUUCCCAUAAGCGGAUGAUAACGAUGCUGGCGAUGGAGAAGCAGCAGAAAGAGAAACGACGUAGGAGCGAGGACGAGUUCGAAUCCGGCAAAUCGAAGAGCAAGAAACAUCGGAAUAGUACCUCUUGAUACGUGUUUCACGAUUAAAUUUGCACCGUAUGACAGACGCGAUAUUGACGAUUAUGUCAUCUCGGUUGUUUUCCUAGAAAUGCGAACUAUGGAGGCAAAAGUGCAACCAGAAGAAUUUGUCUCUUCGAUUAAAAUUAUUUCAUUUCACAGCGGUUAUCCGCAGGCAAUUCUAUUUAAGUAAAUAAUUGUGUAUAAGUGAAUGGUGCGAAGUUAUUUGUUGUGUUCGAUCUUUUUCUUUUUUUCUUGCAUAUUAGACGAUGAAUAUCGAACGAAUAUAAGUAACUCUCGAUGAAUGGAAAGCGUAAGAAGCGAAGAAAGAGAUAUAAAAUGUACAUAGCUGCUUGAAUUAGAAUAAAAAAAAAUUAGAGAUUAGAAAAAUAUCCUCCCGUUGCACUAAAAGUGUGUGUAUGUGUGAAAUAUACAUACACACAAAACUUGAGAUCUUAUAUAAAUAAUGCAAGUAUGCGAUAUAUAGACUGAACGUGAGAAGUAGUAGAGAGUGAAGAAGGCACCCCCUUAGACAAUACUAGGACACUUUGUAACAUUUAGUUACGUAGAGUGGAGCGAGUUUCCCACACACAAUGCGAGAAAAAUAAAGAAGAAAGAGGAGAAAAGAGGGAGAUCAGUCACAGCUGCUUAUUUAGAAAAGGACGACGUAUAAAACCGGGUCCAAUCAAGUUUAGCGCUUCUACGCAGCUUUUUGUGAUUCGUAAAAUAUAUUUCUUCGUGUAUUCUUGCAUAUUCUUAUAUAUUCGUAUGUAUUACAUAUCGCAAAAUGAAAUAAGAAAAAUAUGAAAAAUUUGAGGACGCGAUUCUAAAAAUAUCACGUCGAAGGAGUUUAAAUGCUUAUGAACGCGAACGAAUGCAAGAGGCGAAUUUGUUUGAAUUUUUAUUUUUACGAAUUUUUGUAGAUCUCAAGCUUAUAUAACAUGAAAUAAAACUACGGUUAUAUUCGAAAAAAAAAACAAAUGUUCGUUUAUAUGUGAAACGCGGACAUUAUUUUUUUUUCUUUCGUACUCACAUCAUGCACAUAUAAGACAUAAGUAUAUAGAUUUUCAUAUACUACGAAAAAAAUGUUAUAUAUAUGUUAUACGGAAAUGAAAGAAAAAAAAACAAAAAACGAUUAUAGACUUUAAUGUAAAUGUACUGCCAUAAUCAUAUUAUACGAAAAAAGCCUAUGCGAGAGAAAAAUAUAGUAAUUAAUAUUAUUCCUCUGUAAAGAUUCAAAAAAUCUCUAGCACAAAAUUAUAGGCGACGAUCUAAUGUAAAUAGAGCAUAUUUUCAAUGUGUCUGGAAAAAGUAUGUUUUGUAAUAUAAGGAUUGCAAAGAAAAAUAAAAUUAUU